CCUUCCUCUCUCUCUCCCCUCCUUCAAUUCAAGAUCGGCAAUUCUUUUGCCUCCCCCUACCGUUUCAGGUUCGCUUUCAGACAACAACAACAACGUUUAGUAAGGGGGCUGGCUGGUUGGUUGGUUUGCCUGCAGACCGCAAGGGUUUUCGUUCGAUAGGUCCGCCGCCGCGCCUUGGAUCCUCCCAACUCCAACUUGCAUUCUGACUGGCACCUGCAUCAAGCGCCCGCAGUCUAUUGAUUCUUACCCGUUAAGCUACCGAGCUUGCAGACGCUAUCCUGCGCUCUCACUGGAUCAUGAAAGCGCGUGCGACACUCGACCGCAUAUAUCGUCGGUGAUUGUCUCCUGACUCUGACGGGGGCCGAACUUUUUUGGACCGUCAUAUACCCUGUCGGUGGCCGCCAUGGAUCGUGUGGAGGGUCCUUCGGCAUCCAACAUUGAUGCUGCCCCUUUUCAGCCCUCCUCUCUGCUCUCCCGACGGCGCAAGUCCAUCCCUUCACGCUCGCAUACCACCGACCCUUCAACAACGGUCGAUCCGGCCUCUCCCGAAGUCAUCUCCUCUCUGAUAUCGUCCCUUUCGACCAUCUCCGUGCCCCUCCAGACCCAUUUCGACAAAGUCCCGCGCAUUGAUUCGGAGACCGACACGUUGUCGCCAGUGUGCUUACCGCCCGGCCAACAUUCCAGUCCCGACCAGCGCCACUCCAGCGUGCAUGGCUUUGGAGUAAGCUUCGGGGCGCGGCAGGUGUCUGAGGAGGCACUGCAGGGUCCAUUUCUGCAUCCAGACGAUGCAGCCGUUGCCCCUGUCAUUCGCAUGGCCCGGGCGCCCCCGUCUCCCAAAUCUAAACCAACUCUCGAUCCUGCCUUAUCGCUCGGAAGACCUACCUCCAGGGGUUCGUUCACAUCAUCGAAGGCGGCCUAUGAAGACUCCGCCUUUGGUAUGAUUACGGCGGAACCAGGGCCUCGAGUUUCCACGGCAAAUAGUGUGGCUUCGUCGGGCUCCAGGAAAAGCAUUAGGAACCAAUUCUGUCUCCUCAAAAAGUCAUCACGGGAAUUUGGCGGCGAUAGGGACCGGCAGACCGACCGCCUGCGCAAGACGAGUAGCUUCAACGACGGGCUGAGGCACAAUAUACCGCGCAGUCGAGCCAGCUUACGCUCCCUGUACUCUAUGGCUGACGUCGCCGAGGAAGGACGCCCAAUCCGUUCGGCCACGGAACCCACCAGAGAAUCCGCAUUCAGCAGGCCUUCCAGUAAGGAGCGCCUCUCGUUGCAAAGUGCCCGCGAUAGCGCACCCAGUACGCCUGGUGGAAUCGGCAGUGGGCGGGUUAUCCCUGCUCGAGAGUCUUCGUUACGGCAUAGCUUCUCUUCCAGCCACAAGCACCACAGACCCACUCGCCAUAGCCGGCAUCCCUCGACAAGUAGCAGAGAGAUGAAAGUGGACAGCGCCGUGUUAGAAAUGGGGAGUGAGGCCGAACAAGUUACGAAGAGAAUCCAGGAAUUGAAAGACCAGCAGCAAAAGAUCAAGAACGAAUUAGAGAUAGACAAUACCCCCGACAAGCCCACUAGAGAAUGGAUCGUGGAGCCUGUUCGAGAGUCGCCCCGUCCUGGUGAAAGUGGGGAAGCUGCUGUACAUCGACAGAUGACGCACCAGAAAAAGUCCGCCCUCGACGAGAGCGCACCAGCCCCGGCAAUCAUGACGGGCAAGAGUCGCUCCCCACUUCGUAACGGACCCCCGAUCGCCUCAAAGCCCACCAAUGCAUUGCCACCAUCUUUGGACAUGUCAGACCAACUCACCUGUUACAGCCGAUCUCUGGAACAGUCAACUUCACAAAAGCCUCACAGACGUUCUCUUUCCGAGGCGGGCUCCCCCGUCAAUAUUUCAACCGGGGAAGAUCGCCCGUCUAGUGCUGAUUCCAUCGAUCUAGCGGUUCACGACUAUAUAUCUUCUUCCACACUUACCCAGAAGGUCUUCCAUCCCACCUCGGGUCGCGUUAUUGCGUUUUCGGAGGUUGGGGACCCCAAAGGCCAUGUAGUUCUUUGUUGCCUUGGCAUGGGCCUAACCAGGUACUUGAUGGCAUUCUACGAUGAACUGGCACGAUCCCUGCACCUUCGGUUGAUCACUCUGGACCGUCCCGGUGUAGGUGAAAGCGCUCCGUAUGUGGACGAGUCGGGAACCCCUCUGAGUUGGCCUGAUGAUGUUGCCAUUGUAUGCAAUCACAUCAAAGUCACUAAGUUCUCGAUCAUGGCCCACUCUGCCGGCGCCAUCUACGCAUUGGCCACUGCACUACGGAUCCCGCAACAUAUCCGCGGCCGCAUCCAUUUACUGGCCCCGUGGAUUCCUCCGUCUCAGUUGUCCAGCAUUGGCUCGCAAAAGACCCCCGUCCCGACCAAUGCUGUCCCUUACUCUCAACGGAUACUUCGGGCAUUGCCAACGUCCAUUCUCAAGGUGGCCAACUCGAGCUUUAUGAGCGCGACCAGUGCAAGCCUUACCUCUAGCUUGCCUAAGUCCCCUCGACGGGCCAAACGAAAGACGACACCGAAGGAUGGCUCAAGCCCAACUGGUCUAGAGACCAAGGGCAUGCAGCGGCUUCCAGCCAAGUUAUACCAACAGGAGGCAGAUCUGAAAGCGCUAGAGGGAUUGAAGACACCGCAUGUUUCUGUGGGGGAGGGCUAUCAGAAGGCCGAUUCCACGAAGGGUCAGACUCUGGUUGCCUCGUCCCAGGAACAUGAGCGCCAGAUGGAUUACGACAAUCGACUGACCCAUAGAAUCUGGGAUCUAGCCACUACCAACGCAAACCCGGCGGUAGAUUUGCUGGUCUGCUUGGAACGUCGCCAGCCGAUUGGGUUUCGUUAUGUAGACAUCACUCGGAAUGUUGUGAUACACCAUGGAAGUCGCGAUACGCGUGUUCCUGUUGACAAUGUCCGAUGGUUGGGCCAAACCAUGCGGCGUUGUGAGGUCCGAGUUCUCGAAGGUGAGGGCCAUGGGCUCAUGGCAUCCGCAGCUGUGAUGGGCAAUGUCCUGAUGGAAAUUGCCAAAGAAUGGGAAGAUUGGAUGAUUGUGGUCCAGGGAAAGCGCCGAGGCACUACAGGGACACGCUCAGGAAUUGCUGUCCAGGCCUCUUGAACAUUGGAGGGGCGGUGAUAGCUCGUUGUCGCCAGACCGGGACCGUUUGGCAGGCAAAGAAGCCGAAAAAAGGCGGCAGGAGGGAGGGGGAUGCAUGGAGGGUAGAGAACGCGAUGAUGGAUCCCUGUGGGAUCUGCCACCCACGUUGCUCGAAUUGCUGAAACAUACCGCUGCAGGUUCGGUGGUUUUGUGCUGCGGCUCCCAUCUAUGAAAGGCUUCACUUCCGUCCUCUGUCCUACAUCCAUGAGCGAGUUUCAUUCAUAUGCCUCUAUGCACGUCGCGACCAAGACUUGAUGCCCAGCUCUUUUUCUUUUCUUUUUUUUUUUUUCUUUGCCGUGCCCCCUUUGAUCAUGAUACCAUCCGUUUAUAGCCACAUACCCCAACCAUAGCAUAGAUAGCCG